AUGCAUCGAAGGCACACAACCCUUCGGGAGAAGGGCCGGAGGCAGGCCAUCCGUGGCCCAGCCUAUAUGUUCAAUGAGAAAGGCACCAGCCUGACUGCAGAAGAGGAACGCUUUCUGGAUUCCGCAGAAUAUGGCAACAUUCCUGUUGUGCGAAAAAUGCUGGAGGAAUCCAAAACAUUGAACUUCAACUGUGUUGAUUACAUGGGACAAAAUGCCCUACAGUUGGCAGUGGGGAACGAGCAUUUGGAAGUGACGGAACUCCUCCUUAAAAAGGAGAAUCUAGCUCGGGUUGGGGAUGCACUUUUGUUAGCCAUCAGUAAAGGAUACGUGCGCAUUGUGGAAGCGAUAUUGAACCACCCAGCCUUUGCACAAGGACAGCGUCUCACACUUAGUCCCCUUGAGCAGGAACUGAGAGAUGAUGAUUUUUACGCCUAUGAUGAAGAUGGAACUCGGUUCUCCCAUGACAUUACCCCUAUCAUACUUGCUGCCCAUUGCCAAGAGUAUGAAAUCGUCCACAUCUUACUUUUAAAAGGCGCACGGAUUGAAAGGCCACAUGACUAUUUUUGCAAGUGCAAUGAAUGUAUUGAGAAACAGAGGAAAGAUUCCUUUAGUCACUCUCGAUCAAGAAUGAACGCCUAUAAAGGAUUAGCCAGUGCUGCUUAUUUGUCUCUGUCCAGUGAAGAUCCUGUCCUUACUGCUUUAGAGCUAAGCAAUGAAUUGGCCAGACUAGCCAACAUUGAAACUGAAUUUAAGAACGACUACAGGAAGCUAUCUAUGCAAUGCAAGGACUUCGUGGUGGGGGUGCUGGACCUCUGCAGAGACACUGAAGAAGUGGAGGCAAUUCUGAACGGAGAUGUGAACAUACACUUGUGCCCUGACCACCACCGGCCAAGUCUGAGCAGAAUUAGGCUUGCUAUUAAAUAUGAGGUCAAAAAGUUUGUUGCUCAUCCCAACUGCCAGCAGCAAUUGCUCACCAUGUGGUACGAAAACCUCUCAGGCUUACGGCAGCAAUCUAUAGCUGUGAAAUUCUUGGCUGUCUUUGGAGUGUCCAUUGGCCUGCCAUUCCUCGCCAUAGCGUACUGGAUCGCUCCCUGCAGCAAGCUGGGACGGACCCUCCGAAGUCCUUUUAUGAAGUUUGUGGCACAUGCAGUUUCUUUUACAAUCUUCCUUGGACUCUUAGUAGUGAAUGCUUCAGACCGGUUUGAAGGAGUAAAAAAUCUUCCCAAUGAGACUAUCACGGAUCAUCCUAAACAAAUAUUUAGAGUAAAAACAACCCAGUUCUCAUGGACAGAAUUGCUGAUCAUGAAGUGGGUGUUGGGCAUGAUAUGGUCAGAGUGCAAGGAGAUCUGGGAAGAGGGUCCGCGCGAAUAUGUCCUGCACCUCUGGAACCUGCUGGACUUCGGGAUGCUGUCUAUCUUCGUGGCAUCAUUCACAGCCAGGUUCAUGGCCUUCCUCAAGGCAACUGAAGCACAACAGUACGUAGAUCAGUACGUUCAAGAUGAUGACCUCAAUAAUGCCACCCUCCCCCCUGAAGUUGCUUAUUUUACUUAUGCCAGGAACAAGUGGCUUCCCUCGGAUCCUCAGAUCAUUUCAGAAGGACUGUAUGCAAUAGCUGUGGUACUCAGCUUCUCCCGCAUUGCUUACAUUCUUCCAGCCAACGAAAGCUUCGGCCCCCUCCAGAUCUCUUUGGGGAGGACUGUGAAGGAUAUCUUCAAGUUCAUGGUCAUCUUCAUCAUGGUGUUCCUGGCCUUCAUGAUCGGAAUGUUCAACCUUUACUCUUACUACCUUGGUGCAAAAUAUAACCCCGCGUUUACAACGGUGGAAGAAAGUUUUAAGACCUUAUUCUGGUCGAUAUUUGGCUUAUCUGAAGUGAUAUCUGUGGUGCUGAAGUAUGAUCAUAAAUUCAUUGAGAAUAUUGGAUAUGUACUCUAUGGAGUAUAUAAUGUGACUAUGGUGGUGGUGCUGCUUAAUAUGCUAAUAGCCAUGAUCAACAACUCCUAUCAGGAAAUUGAGGAGGAUGCAGAUGUGGAGUGGAAGUUUGCACGGGCCAAGCUCUGGCUAUCCUACUUCGACGAAGGGAGGACUUUGCCUGCUCCUUUUAACCUAGUGCCAAGCCCUAAAUCAUUUUAUUAUCUCAUACUGAGAAUAAAAAUGUGCCUCAUAAAACUCUGCAAAUCUAAGGCCAAAAACUGUGAAAAUGAUCUUGAGAUGGGGAUGCUGAAUUCCAAACAACGG